AUGAGUAUAUUGAUCAGUGGAUUGAAUAAGUUGAAUAUAACAAAGUCCAAUAAUAAAAACGAACUAGAUCAACCUAGUAACGGAGAACUAAUAAAGAAGUUGAAUUAUGAAGAGUUGGAGAAAAAUUACGAAAUACACAAGUAUUACCCCCAAUUUAUUCACAAUCAGGGUAUAAGCACUCCGACCAUCAAAGAGUUGAUUAUCGAUAAACCCAUCUACAGUAAAGCCAAUGAACAUAUUGAGGGAUGGAAAAAUCCAGGAACCAGAAAAGCGCUCAUUACUGAACUAGAUAUCGAAACCGGCGAGUUGAAAAGGUAUGAGCAGCCAGACAAAGAUCAAAGAAAAGACCGAAGAGAAGAACGCAGGGAACGCAGGGAAGAACGAAGAGAGGACCGCAAGGACCGCAGGGAAGAACGAAGAGAGGACCGCAAGGACCGUAGAGAAGAUAGACGUGAACGAAGAGAAGACCGCAGAGAAGAUCGCCAUGAACGAAGAGAGGAACUCAGAGAACACAGACAUGAACGAAGAGAGGAACUCAGAGAACACAGACAUGAACGCAAAGAGGUUAGACGCCGCAGAAAAAGAGAACCCCACGGACUCUUCACCAACCAACUUACAAUGCCCUCCGUUUACGAACGAUACCGAUCUUCCAGCGAAGAAAGCUUGAGACUAGCCAGAAACCAAACUAGUUAUAGUUACGAUGCCACUAAAUCAAACAUGACUAAUAAAAGAAGUAAUAAGUGGAAGUUUAAAUUCAAUGAAAGACGUUUAAGCGAACAAUUAGGUAUGUAUUCUUAUUUGAUUCAUGUGAUGACAUCAUUUAGAACAAUGCAAAAAAAACAGAACAAACAAGAAAGAAAAUGGCGGGGAACGCGCGCAUCAUGCGGGGUGCACUCCGAAAAGGCGGGGAAAAGAUGCGCACCCUGA